CCUCAUAUGUCAUUUUGAUAUUCUAUUUAUAUGCACUUUGUUCCUUCUUUCUCAGCUGCUGCUGUUCGAUUGCGUCUCAAGGACUGGUUGGAUUCCUGUAGUCAAAAUGGUUGAAGAAACUAAGGCAGCAGCUUUUAUCCCUGAAUCUGUCUUAAAGAAAAGGAAGAGAAGCGAUGAAUGGGCUUUGGCAAAGAGCCAAGAGCUCAAAUUGAGGAAGCAAAAAAAUGCUGAAAAUAGAGUGGUUAUCUACAAGAGGGCUGAGAAAUAUGUUAAUGAAUAUAGAGAACAGGAAAGAGAAUUGAUAGCAUUGAAAAGAGAGGCCAAACUGAAAGGAGGGUUUUAUGUUGAACCAGAGGCCAAACUGCUCUUCAUCAUCCGUAUCCGUGGUAUCAAUGCUAUGAAUCCAAUGACAAGAAAAAUUUUGCAACUUCUGCGUCUGAGGCAGAUUUUUAAUGGCGUGUUUUUGAAAGUGAACAAAGCAACCGUGAACAUGCUGCAUAGGGUUGAACCAUAUGUGACUUAUGGAUAUCCUAAUCUUAAAAGUGUGAGAGAGUUGAUCUACAAGAGGGGUUAUGGGAAGGUGAACAAGCAGAGGAUUGCACUGACUGAUAAUUCAAUCAUUGAACAGACUCUCGGAAGCUACGGAAUUAUUUGUGUGGAAGAUUUGAUUCAUGAGAUAAUGACUGUGGGACCUCAUUUUAAGGAGGCAAAUAAUUUUCUCUGGCCGUUUAAGCUGAGUGCUCCUUCUGGAGGUUUGAAGAAGAAAAGAAACCAUUAUGUGGAGGGUGGUGAUGCUGGAAGUCGUGAGAAUUAUAUCAAUGAGCUCAUUAGGAGAAUGAAUUAGAUGCUAUUGUCUGUGUUGCUUUAGUUAUCUUGAUUUUUUUGUACCUGAGAAAGUUAGACUGAGAAAUUUUGCAGGCAUUAUUAUCGAUAUUAGGAAGAAUUUUUUUCCGAUAUUAUUGAAGUUUUUCUAAAAUUUAAGGAAUACUAUUCUUCAAUUUGUCUUUUGAACCA